CGAAGAUGAGAAGUAUAAAGUGCAGCUUCGUAGGGAAAGGAAUAACAAGUAUCGGAAAGAAAAAAAAAGGGAUAAACAAGUGUACACGAUUGCGUGGUUCAAUUAAGCAUUAAUAAUUACAAGCUUUAUGUAUAUAUUUCUUGUUUUUUUUUUUCUCCCAGUGAAGUCAUCUCAGUGUUAUCACAGUGCCCCCAAGACAAAAUAUCAACAUUCAACAGCCGUUUUUUAUUAGUCACACGCGCACGCACAGUCCCACCCCGCCGUACCUCGCCGGGCAACGUGGGAGGGAGAAUGCACGUGUGAAAGAGCGUGGACCGGACGCUGAUAACGCGGACGAGUGUGCGUGUGUGACUUAUCGAGUGUGUGGGGACACGCACUCGGCUGAGGACGAGACGCCUCCUUAGCAGCGAGGUUGUACGGAAGGUCCCCGGCGGAGAGGACGUUUGAGUUACGCAGAAGGAGGUUGGGUAUCAUUGGCGAUUUGGGAGGUACUUUCCGGAGGUUCUCCUGCGUAAGGUUUCCGAGGCGUUCCUGGAGAUUGGGUCUUGGAGGAGGUGAGGCAUGGGGGCGAUGGCGGGGGAUGGGGACCCCCCAAGAGGAACCUUCACAAGGGCGUCUUUAUGAGAAUACAUGUAUGAGAAAGAAAAAUAACACGAGGAAAAGAUGAACGAAAUGAUAUGAGAAAAGGAAUAAGAAAAGAAUCUCGAUUUAGUAACCGCUCGAUGAAAAGAAGACAACAGCCAAAAAUGAAAUACUCAAUACAGAAUGAAGUGCCAAAGAAAAAAUGAGACGCGUUUGAGAAAACAAUAAAAAAAAAACAAAAACGCAAACACACAGCCCGAAAGGGAAGCCUAAACGAGACAAUAGCCACGUGGAGUUGCUCCGCCUCGACGUCGACAAUGCCGGCCAUUCGAGGAGUGGAGGCCGACGUGGAGGAAAUCAAACUCAAGGACAGCUUCCCGAGCAACAACUCGAGGGCCAACUCCUUAGCGAAGGCCCUCAAGAAAAAGAUCUCCCUGACCCGCCUGACCUCCAAGACGUCGCUGGUGGACAAGGACAAGGAGGAGAGGGACCGGGAGAGACGGCCGUCCAAGGAUCGCUACCCGACCUUCACCAUCGAGGACUGGGAGGAAGGGGAGCACAAUGGCGCCUUCAAGGAGGACUUCGCCUUCAAGGAGGACUUCAAGAGCGACGAGAAGAGCGACUACGAACUCGACACCGACAUGUGCGACGAUGGCGACGCCGAAGGGACGUCUCUGGUGGAUAACGAAGACGUGCGGUCCGCCUGCUCGAGCAAGAGAACCAGUCAGCUGAGCGUGGACCGGUCCAUGGUAAGGUGCGGCCGGGCCAAGUUCUUCAAGAGGCUCUCCGUCUGCGACCUCAAGGAUGGCCACACCAUGGAUCCGAAGGAGCGCGUGUUCCUGGAGGCGGCCGAGAGAGGAGACAAGCAUACGAUGAUGCGAUGUCUCUCUCCUCCGAGCCCCGUUAAUGUGAACUGCACCGACAUCCUGGGCCGCUCCGCCAUCCAGAUCGCUGUUGACAAUGAGAAUGUGGAGAUUGUCGAGCUCCUCCUUCUGCAGGAGACGGUUAAGAUCGGUGAUGCUCUUCUCUACGCCAUCACGGAGGGUGUGUACAAAAUCGUCGAGAUGCUCAUUAACCAUCCCAGCAUCACUCCUGAGAUGCUGGCCAACGACUGGGUCAGGGUGAGUGAGAGAUGA